AUGGAUUGGGAUUUGCCUGUUUAUCGGCUCGACAGCUUCAUUUCGUCUUGUACCGACGACGACUUCACCAAGUACACCCUGGGCCAGGCCACUGACUGGUUCAUCCACACGGCGGAUGCUAACUUGGAACAUCUCGUUGACCAUACCAUCAAAACAUGUCCCAGGGAGUUUUGCAGGUCCUUGAAAUGGGAAGGCAAUCCGGAUGUUUCUGGCAUCGGGGUUUAUGCUGCGUUCAUGGUCCAAGCCGCUCUCGCCACUCUGUUCCUGCUCUUCUACAUUCGCUUUUAUGUCAAAGAUGUGGUGGACGUGAACAAACCUGAGGAGGAACCAACCCUCCCCAAGCAACUUCAAGGCAACGACAGCCCCACAGACCCUCAACCUACUUCCCAGCAACACGACGACCAGCCCGCCGCCCAAAAAGCGACCAAGCUGUUCGACCCCAUCGCCUUCCGCGAAACCGCCGACGACUGCCUCGAGGUCUUUUGGGCCACCUGCUACGUCUUCGCCUUCACCUUCGUCAUAGCCGCGAUCGUCUUCAUCACUCAAGAUGAUAACGACUCAACCGGCCGAAUCUACUCUGGCUAUUUCACCUAUCUGGGCGCCGUCAACUCCAUCGCCGUGCUGAUCUGUCUCUGGCCGUGGUUUCCCGGCCGGCACAAGUACCCAGUGCUGACUUUUUCCGGCCUGACCGUGCUCCUCUGCAUGAUGGCCGGCGUCAGCAUCGCCUUUUUCAGAACCAGCCUGGGAGGAAACAAGACCACAUUCGAAGCCAGGUGCCUGGGAACGGUGCAUUCGGCGCAGUCCGUGCAGAAGCUGGUCAAGGGCACUCCCUAUGCCGUCCUUGCCCUAAUCGUUUUAUGGGGUGGCUCGUUGCUGGUCAUCCGGAUCCGGACUCCCAAAAUGACCGACAAGGGGAAGGACACGGUCCUGACGCUCUAUUUGGUUUUGACAGGCAUCCUUGGCGGGUUUUUGGUCCUCACCAGCUUUGUUCUUGUCUGGCUUUCUCUGGGCUUCUUCCAUUCCCUCCGCCAACAUGCGGAGAAUCUGUCGGGGUUGUCGUACGCGGAGAAUGACUGGGGUUUUGGUCAGGUCGCGGCUAUUGUGGCGUGGGUGCCGGUCUUUGGGCAGUUCUCCGCGAUAGUCAUCCGUGGACUCGCUAGACUUCUCCCUGUUGGGGCCAGAGAGCUGUUUGAACCCGUGCCCAAAGAUCAGAGGGGAACAGCACGAGUGCUGGCCCAAGCCCUCCGCAAUAGGAAACAUCAACAUACACAGCGGCCUGCAAGCAUCACGGCGGAAGCGGUGCCGCUGUCGUCACUUCAGAGAAUCAGCCAUGACGAAGAAGAUGUUGGGACGACAUCGGCUGGGGCUGGGAGUCAUGCACAAUGA